AUGAAUAUUUUAUCAGUAGUAUAUAAUGCUCAAAUAUUGUCAAAUCGAUCUCCAUCUGUUGAUAAACCUAAAGUUCAACAAUCAUCUAAUGGACUUACUGGCAUUGGAAAAACUGUAGUGGAUAUUCAAAUUAAUGGAGCUUUAUUGGCAAAUGCAAAGACAGAUGAACUGAUCAGAUGGGAUCCUAUUUAUGAUAAUUCUAAUUCAAAUGAUUACAUGAAACUAUCUAUUACAAUCCGUCGUUUGAUUGGAAAAUUGGUUAAACUGGCUAUUCCUCCAGGAUCCGAUGAUGGAGAUUUUGGAAAAGUUAUACUUUCUAAAGUAUAUAUUCCUAUUACAGGAUCUCAAGUGUUUGGUGGAGUGACAGCCACGCUGUCAGUGAGGUUUUUAUAUCCUAAUGCACAAAAACUAAAUAUCGAUUCAAUAAUGGAUCAUUUAAAAUCUAGUUAUGUUCGUAAUAGCGAAAUAUCAUCCUUGAAAAUCAUCCAACUUAAAGUGAAUGCAGAAAACGUGGAACAGACCGAUUCAUCUCAACAACCAACAACUGAACUGCGAGCAGUGAACACAAACGGAAGUUUGUCAUCACAAAGUGUACUGCCCGAGAACGGAGUUACCACUGACAAUGUGACAGGAGGUGGACAGCAGGACGGAGGAAGCACAACACAGACGGAAACAGAAACAAUAAGUCAUUCAAUGCCUUCGCCAACUGAGCAUCCAUCAACUGAAGCAGAAAACGUGGAACAGACCGAUUCAUCUCAACAACCAACAACUGAACUGCGAGCAGUGAACACAAACGGAAGUUUGUCAUCACAAAGUGUACUGCCCGAGAACGGAGUUACCACUGACAAUGUGACAGGAGGUGGACAGCAGGACGGAGGAAGCACAACACAGACGGAAACAGAAACAAUAAGUCAUUCAAUGCCUUCGCCAACUGAGCAUCCAUCAACUGAAGCAGAAAACGUGGAACAGACCGAUUCAUCUCAACAACCAACAACUGAACUGCGAGCAGUGAACACAAACGGAAGUUUGUCAUCACAAAGUGUACUGCCCGAGAACGGAGUUACCACUGACAAUGUGACAGGAGGUGGACAGCAGGACGGAGGAAGCACAACACAGACGGAAACAGAAACAAUAAGUCAUUCAAUGCCUUCGCCAACUGAGCAUCCAUCAACUGAAGCAGAAAACGUGGAACAGACCGAUUCAUCUCAACAACCAACAACUGAACUGCGAGCAGUGAACACAAACGGAAGUUUGUCAUCACAAAGUGUACUGCCCGAGAACGGAGCUUCCAGUCAUCAAAAUAUUGUUCAUUCAAACCAUGUUUUAGUUGCUCAUUACGAAUGUCAAACUUCUCUGAAUCAAUCUUCUAAUUGUGAAAGUUUGUCUGAUACAGGUUAG